AUGCCAAAUCCGAAUCAUGCCCAACCAAGUCAACCUUACCCUCCACAAAGAAAGCCUUCCUUAGAAGACACUUUACAACAAUUCAUGCAAUCCACCCAACAAAUCAUGCAAAAUCAGUCUCAAUCCAUUGCCAAACUUGAGACACAAUUGGGUCAACUUGCCAAUGCCGUAACUGAGAGAGAAAAAGGGAGAUUUCCUAGCCAACCCAUCCCAAAUCCUAAAGGUCAAUAUGAAGUAGGAAUUCCAAGUCAUAAAGAAGAAGCUAAGUCUAUUUCAACUCUUAGGUCCGGAAAACAAAUUGCCAAACCCGAUUACACACCUCAAGUUGAAAAAGACCAAAGCCAACCUCAAAGUUCCAACACAAAUGACUUGUCAAAAGAUAAUGAUCAAAUUCUUCCUUCCAUUCCAAAAGCUCCUUUUCCACAAAGAUUACUCCCAAUCAAGAAAGGCAACCAAUAUAGUGACAUCUUAGAAGUGUUCAAACAAGUAAGUAUCAACAUCCCCUUCUUAGAUGCCAUUAAACAAAUUCCUGCCUACUCCAAAUUCCUGAAAGACCUUUGCACUGAUAAAAGAAACACUAAUGUUCCAAAAAAGGCAUUUUUAACUGAACAAGUUAGCUCCAUAAUUCAAUAUAAAAGCCUUGUAAAAUAUAAAGAUCCUGGUUAUCCAACAAUUUCAUGCAUCAUUGGUGAUCAUUUUAUUAACAAAGCUUUACUUGAUUUAGGAGCUAGUGUGAAUUUAUUGCCUUAUUCUGUUUAUAAGCAACUUGGUCUAGGAGAAUUAAAACCAACUGUUGCCACUGAUUUCGCCCAAUAUACUUGCCGAAAAUCUCGGUCAACACCAACUUCUAUAACACUUCAAUUAGCUGAUCGUUCUGUGAAAAUUCCUAGAGGUAUUAUAGAAGAUGUUUUAAUUAAAGUAGAUAAGUUCUAUUUUCCUGUUGAUUUCAUUGUUCUUGAUACUCAACCUGUUGAAAAUGCUCAUGCUCAAAUACCCAUCAUUUUAGGUAGACCAUUUUUAGCUACAUCUAAUGCAAUUAUCAACUGUCGUAAUGGUGUAUUGAAAUUAUCUUUUGGAAACAUGACUGUUGAAUUGAAUGUUUUUAAUGUUGCUAAAUCUGUUGAGUGUGAGGAAAUACAUGAAGUAAACAUGAUUAACACGGAAAAUAUGUUUGAAAUGGACAUGAAUGAAUCUUUUGAAACUUAUGCAAAAAUGUUUGGAAUGUGCUUAAAUGUUGAUGAUUUUAUUCAUGAUGUCAAUUCUUUGCUUGAGUCUACCCCACUAAUGGAUACUGAAAAAUGGAAAGCCAAAAUUGAACCAUGUAUUCCAUUAGAGCAUGUUGAGUCAACUCCUGAACCACCAAAGUUAGAUCUCAAACCUUUGCCCGACACUUUGAAAUAUGCAUUUCUAGGAGAGUCUAACACUUAUCCCGUUAUCAUUGCAUCUGAUUUAGAUGAAAAACAAGAAACAAAGUUGUUAGAUAUCCUUAGAAAACAUAAAAAGGCCAUAGGUUGGACCAUGGGAGACAUUAAGGGAAUUAGCCCAGCUGUGUGCAUGCAUAGAAUUCAUUUAGAAGAAAAUGCUAAGCCCUCCCGAGAAAGUCAAAGAAGAUUAAAUCCAAACAUGAAAGAGGUAGUAAGAGAUGAUGUAAUUAAGAUGUUAGAUGUAGGGAUCAUUUACCCUAUUUCUGGCAGUCCAUGGGUUAGUCCUGUUCAAGUUGUUCCAAAAAAGUCUGGGAUCACUGUUGUUAAAAAUGAACAAAAUGAGUUAAUUCCUACUAGAGUCCAAACUGGGUGGAGAGUGUGUAUAGACUAUAGAAAGUUGAAUAGUGUCACUAGGAAAGACCACUUCCCAUUACCCUUCAUUGACCAAAUGCUUGAACGAUUAACUGGCCAUGCUUAUUAUUGCUUUCUUGAUGGACAUGAAGUGUAA